AUGGAUCUAGAAUGCACUGAAAAUGUAGAAGAAAAAGGUGAAAUGGAAACGGGUAUACAAAUAUAUGAAGAACUCGAAAUGAAAGUCGAAGAGUAUGACCCAUCAUUUGCAGAUGAUUAUGUUGACCAACAUGUGGACGUUGAAGAACAAAAGCCGUCGCCUCAGACAGUACCAAAUGAAGUAAAAAAACGACUGAGUAAAAGUCGCAGGCCACUUUAUUCGAGAGGUCAGUUGACAAUGGGUCAGAAACGGGAAAUGUGUAUUUUCAAGGAAGCAAAUCCAAAAUGCACCAUGAGACAAAUCCAGGAACACUUUCAAGAAAAGUGGAAUCGUCAUAUUGGACACUCCACGGUGCAUGACAUUUUGAAAUUUAAAUCCAAAUAUUUAACUCUUCCAAAGUUGAGAGAAAACUGCAGAAGAAUCAGGAAAACUAGAAACUUUGAAAUGGAAGAAAAACUUUACAAAUGGAUUGUAGAGAAUAAUAUGCGUGGUGUAGAAAUGACAAAUAAUACAAUCAAAGAAAAAGCGCAGUCUUUAGGGGAAGAAUUUGCAGUGGAUGAAACGUUUUCGUAUUCAAAUGGAUGGCUGCAUUGUUUCAAAAUACGAUAUGGCCUCAACAAGAGAAAAGUACCCACGGAGUUAAGUCCAGUUGUGGUAGGGUCACAGGUUGAUUUCAUUAAUCAGUUACAUUCAGAACUGAAAUUUUAUGACUUAAAUGAAGUUUACUGUGUUGAGGAGCUGAAGCUUAUUUAUAACUUGAAGCCAUAUCAGGAAACCUCCACCAUGGCCAGUGUUGUAGUUGGAUUGUGUUCAAAUGCAAAUGGAUCCAACAAAUUAAAGCCUUUUGUCUUCACAAAGCCAUCAAAUGCAAAGUUUCUUGCAGAAAGGUUUCAGCCUGAUAAUUAUGCAUGGUUCAAAAUUAUCCAUGACAAGCAAUCAAAUCCCUUUUCAGAUUGGAUUACUGAUUUUGAUGAACAGUUAAGUAUGAGCAAAAAGAAAGUUCUUCUUUUACUUAAAUUUUCUCUCCAGCAUGAGGAAAUAGAGAGUGGUCUUCGAAGCAUAAAACUUAUGUAUCUUCCUCAAGGUGUAGAUGAAGUGAGUAUGAACAAUCCUUUUGAUGCAGGGCUACUUGAUGAAUUUAAGUCUAGAUACAGAGGCAGUAGUCUUCAUCACUUUCUAGAACAGCAUUCAAAAGGUGAGGAGGAAAAUCUAGGGUUGAGAGAUGCCCUAAGAUACAUUUACAAUUCCUGGACCUCAAUUCCACCUCAGACAAUACUGAAGUACUGGCAGCAGUGUAAGCUGUUGUCAUCUGUCGAAGUGUUGAACAUUCCAACCAAUGCAGGGGAGAAUAUAGAAGAUUCUGCACAACUCUUGAUGCGAAAAAUUGAGGGGGGAAAUAAAAUGCCCAUCGAACAAUACCUAAGAUUUGAAGAGAUAAAUUACAAGACAUUGAAUGAUAAGGAUUCUGAAAAUAGAGGAGGAAAUGUUGACGUAUCCAGUGAGUGUCCCACCAUUUCUUGUGCAGAAGCCAGGGAGGGACUUUUGAAAUGUAUCAGAUUCACAGAACAAACUGAAAAUGCUACGCAGAAGUUACAAACAAUGUGGAACAUGAUGAAAUGGUUGGAUAAUCAGCAAUGA